CAGAGUCAAGAUUCCUGUUGCGGACUUGGAGGCUCCGUCGCCUUCUGCCGGAGGGAAGCUCUCUGCAGAGGAGAAGAGUUGGCCGGAGAAUACUUCAGGGUAGGUAAAGGACACGUGCUGAGAAGAUGAGUCUCAAGGUUGAUUUGGAAACAAACUAUGCCGAAUGUGUCUUAAAUGUAGGAAAGAUCAUCCUUGGGGAAAUGCAAAGGAAAGAAAUGAAUCCUGAACUGCAGGAAAAACAGAGGGAAAACAUCUUGACAGCAAUAUGUGCUCUGCUGAAUUCUGGUGGUGGAGUGGUCAAGGCUGAGAUUGAGAACAAAGACUACAAUUAUGAAAUCCAUGGAGCAGGACUGAAGAUGCCUUCAAUUUUUAAAGGCUAUUUAGAUGAGAUGCAGCAGGGAGAACUCUUUUUUAUUUUUGUGAGAUCCUGGAACGCAGAGGUCUCUGGUGUACGACUCGCUACCUUGUGCUCCAAUUUGUACCACAGAUACAGAGCAGCGACUGAUGUCAUGGAUCCUAAGGAAGCGCUGGCAUUCCUCAAAGGAAAAACUCAGACUCUUAGGAAUACUGAUUCCAGUUCAUUAAGUCCACAUAAAAUUCAGGUUGGUGUGCGAAAUGAGCAUAACAUAAGGGUGUCAGCUGCUGCUUUAUUUGCUAGAACUCAGCUUCAGUACCUAGAAAGGCUCAACUUUACUAAGUCCCUCCAUGUUGAAUUUAAAAUGUUCUCAACAGAGGAGUCACAGUGCUUUCACGAGAGUCUCCCCAGUUGUGUUUCUGCAUUUGCAAACACUGAAGGAGGGUAUAUAUUUUUUGGUGUGGAUGAUGAGACCCAUCAAGUCAUUGGAUGUGAAAAGGAGAAAAUAGAUCCUGACACCUUGAAGGUUUCUAUAGAUUCCUGUAUUAGGAAGCUACCUGUCCAUCAUUUCUGUACACAGAAGCAUGAGAUAAAAUAUGCUGUCAGAUUCCUUGAAGUACACAAUCAGGGGGCCCUCCAUGGAUAUGUCUGUGCAAUCAAGGUGGAACAAUUUUGCUGUGCGGUGUUUUCCAAGAUGCCCAGUUCCUGGCAGGUGAAGGACAAUCACGUGGAACAGCUGGACAUGAAGAAAUGGAUAGCUUGGAUGAUGGAAGCCGACCCAGAUCUUCCCAGACUUUCUGAGAUGAUCCUUGCAUUGAGUUUGUCAUCCACUACACCCCGCAGCAGGACCGUGUGCACUCCUAAGAACUUUGAAUGUCUGGAAGCACAGCAAAAACGUUACUUUCCAGUAUUACCAGACAGAGUGGUGUAUACACCAGAAAGUCUUUACAAGGAGCUGUUCUCAACACACAGAGGACUCAGAAACUUAAUCAAUAAGGAAAUGCGCCCUUUCUCUCAAGGAAUAUUGAUAUUCUCUCGAAGCUGGGCCGUGGACUUGGGUCUGCCAGAGAAGCAGGGAGUCAUCUGCGAUGCUCUUCUCCUUUCCCAGAACAACAUCCCACUCCUCUACACCAUUCUCAGUGAGUGGGAUGCAAGCUGGAAGGGCUAUUCUAGGAUGGUCGCCCGUACCUUAAAGCAGAAGCUGGUGAACACAGGUGGCUACACUGGGAAAUUGUGCGUCACUCCCUUGAUCUUCCUGCUGAAUCCUGAUAAUACAGCAACGACUCUUCAUGAUUCGGAUUUGCAAAUUUACCCUGAGUCCUAUAACCUUCUGACUAUCCAGCACAUGGAAGCUCUGUUACGUUCCCUUGUGAUAGUCUUGCUCGGAUUCCGCUCUUUCUUAAGUGAAGAGCUGGGCUCUGAGGUUUUGAGCCUACUCACAGAGAAACAGUAUAAGUUGCUUUCAACGAACAUUCACAAGACCAGAGAGCUGUUUGUUCAUGGCUUACCUGGAUCAGGGAAGACCAUCCUGGCUCUUAGGAUAAUGGAGAAGAUCAGGAAUGUGUUUCACUGUCAACCAGAUGAUAUUCUUUACAUCUGUGAAAAUCAGCCUCUGAAGAAUUUUGUGAGCCAGAGACAAAUCUGCCAGGCAGUGACCCGGAAAGCCUUCAUGCAAAAUGACUUCAAAAAAAUUCAGCACAUCAUCAUUGACGAAGCUCAGAAUUUUCGCGAUGAAGAUGGAGACUGGUAUGAAAAGGCAAAAAACAUCACUCAGAGGGAAAAGGAUUGCCCAGGAAUUCUCUGGAUCUUUCUAGACUACUUUCAGACUACCCACUUGAGCACCAGUGGCCUUCCUGCUCUCACAGCCCAGUAUCCAAGAGAAGAGCUCACCAGAGUGAUCCGUAAUGCAGAUCCAAUAGCCAACUACCUACAAGAAGUAAUGCAGAAAGUCAGAGAAAAUCGUCCACGCAACGUCCCCUCUGGAUCGCUGGAGAUGGUUCAUGAAGGUGAAUGGGCUCAGGGUAUUCCAGGAAAUGUGGAGGUUAUAGAGUCCUUGGACUUGGAAAAUAUGGUGGUUCAAGUAGCAAAUAAAUGCCACUUUCUCUUGAGGAAUGGUUAUUCUCCCAAGGACAUUGCCGUGCUUUGCAGCAUAGCAAGUGAAGUGGAAAUAUAUAAAGAUAAGCUUCUAAGAGCAAUGAGGAAAAGAAGAAUAUCUGAGCUCGAUAAGGAAUCUGAUCUGUUAGUACAGAUCAAAGAUGCAUCAGAUAUCAUGGGCAAUCACAUAGUGUUGGACAGUGUCCGUCGAUUUUCAGGCCUGGAAAGAAACAUCGUCUUUGGGUUCAACCUGAUGGCUGAGCCAGCUAUUUCCCACAAUCUUAUGCUCUGUCUGGCUUCCAGGGCAAAGAAACAUCUCUAUAUUCUGAAGGUUUCUAAUUGACAGGAAGAUCCCCAGCUAAGAAACAAAUAGGUAGCUCUCAUCUCUACUUAACUAUGAAACUAUUUGAUCAGCAAAACAUUUAAAUAUAGAGUAUUUAAUGAGCACUCACUCUGAGCCAUGUAUUAUCCAAAAUGCUGGGGAUCAGGGGUAGGGUAGCAAACAAGGCAGACAAGAUGUCUUCUUUGGGGCAGAGGUAACUCACAGA